AUGACGCUGUGGAGAUACUCCCUCCUGGCUGUGUCCCUCGUCUCCCUGAGCUUCUUCCUCCGGGACAACAGGAGCAAGCGCCUUGAGUACAGCGUGUCUUUGCAGGAGGAAAAGAAGAAAAUGCUGCAGCAGCUGGACCAGGAGCAAGUCAGCUCUGAAAGCAAGAGCCACUCGGAGACCUUCAAGGAGAUGCAGAGACGCUCCCCUGUGCUCCAGCUCACCAGCUACCAAGUCCUGGCUGGAGCCCUUCCCCAGGAGAAGAAACUACUGACGGUGGGGAUCUCCUCAGUGCAGCGUCCUCAUGGGAGCACCCUCUUGCACACCCUGCAGUCUCUGUUCCAAGCCUCCUCAGAGUCUGAGCUGGACUGUAUCGUGGUGCUGGUCCACCUGUCAGAUCCUGACCCUGCAUGGCGCAGCCAAAUGGUCGCCAACAUAUCAGGCCUCUUCCAACCUCAUCUUGAGGCCCAGAAGCUGCUUGUGAUCCACGGUCAUCUCGGUGGCUCUCUUGUCCCAGGAGAUCGGGGCAACAUCAAUGCCUCCUCACCCUGUGAAGCUGUUUAUUCCAGGCAGAAGGUCGACUACGCCCUCCUUAUGAACUUCGCCGUCAGCCUCUCUGAAUACUUUCUGAUGGUAGAAGAUCACGUGGGCUGCACCCCCAAGUUUGUUUCUACCAUCUACUGGGCACUGGCAGCCUGGACAGAACGACCCUGGGUGACCCUGGAGUUCUCCAGCCUGAGCUUCUCCGGGAAAGUUUUCCACAGCAGCGACCUCUCCCGCCUGACCACCUUCCUCCUCCUCUUCCCUAAGGACACGCCUACUCACUUGCUUCUCUCUGAAUUCCGCCUUCUCUUGGCCCAAGACGUUCCUAUUCGUUUCAGUCCCUCCGUCUUCUAUCCGACGGGCAAUUAUUCUGCGUCCGAGGACACCUGCUUUCCUGUGGAGAAGGAAGUGGUCUUUGGUGAUCCGGACAACCCGGUAGCCAGUGUCCUCACUGACAUGAGGCCGAUACCGAAUGUGAUUCCCCAGUACGCCUACUUUCUGAACACGGAGAGCUACGUCACCCUUGAUGCCUUGAGGGGCAACUACCUGGUGGUGGUUUUGGAAAGGCCACAGAAAGUGGUCCGCAUAGAGGUGCUGACAGGUGCUGACAAACAGGGGCAGUACCGGCUGCAGCAGGGCCAAGUAGAACUGGGCUACGACCCCCUGGCGCACCCCGAAGGCUGUGCGCGCUACACCGUGCUGGGCCCGCUGGUGCAGGGGAACUUGGACCAGAGGGUGUUUUACGAAGAGGGCGCCGUGGAGCAGCUGAGCUGCAUCCGACUGCUGGUGCUGGCCUCUCAGGGCUCCUGGCUCUUCAUCAGGCAGAUCAGGGUCUGGACUCAGCCCGAGGAAGAGGAGCGCUAG